AAAUGUCGUCAUACAGUGUUCAGACUGAAAAUCUCAUUGAAGAAUUGGGUGGUUGCGGUCAUCUUCAAGUAUUGCUAUGUUUGUGCAUACACAGUUCAAACACGAUAAUAUUUUGGAGCAUAUUGGCAAUGUCUUUCUUUGGCUAUACCCCUGAUUUCUCGUGCACACAACUGGACGUCUCAAAGUCAUCUUUAUCUACACUUAAUCUGAGCAAUGUUUCUCCUGAUCACCUAUGUUCUGCAGGACCGAAUACAACGUGUAGUUCCUACAUUUUUCAGCAAUCAAUGAAUACCAUUGUAAAAGAGUGGAACCUAAUUUGUGACAGGCGCUGGAUUGUGGCAUUGAUAACAUCAUUACAGAUGGUUGGCUAUCUUGUCGGAUCGAUUAUUGCAGGACUGAUGGCCGACAGUCUUGGAAGGAAGGCAACAAUAAUGUCAGGAAUCGCUUCAUUGACUUUUGUCAGUUUUGUCGGCUUUUUCGCUCAGUCAUGGAAAAUGUAUGCAGCUAUCCGUUUUUUCAUCGGUAUAGGAGCAGGACUCUCGUAUACUGUUCAGUUUACAUACAUGAUAGAAUUCGUACCCACAAAAUGGCGACCACUAGUAGUUUGUUUCCCUUCAGAACCGAUUGCAGCCAUGUUAUUAGCGUUUGUUUCAUGGUGGUUGCAUGACUGGAGGAGUUUACAUCUUUUAAAGACGAUAGUUGGUGUAUUAUUUUUCAUAAUGAUUUGGUUCUUCCCAGAAAGUUUUAGAUGGCUAGGUGCUAAGAUGAAAUUGAAGCGAGCGAAAAAAUCAAUCGAAUUUAUUGCAAAAGUAAACAGAAGAAAAUAUCCUGACCUAGAAGAAGUAUUUAAUAGAGCAAAAGUAGAAGCAGUUUCAAAUAUCACAAUUAAUUCUAAUUUCACAAACUUACUGACUUCAAAAGAGUUGCGAAAUGUGACCCUCCCUUUAAGUAUAGUAGGGUUCUCUGCGUGCCUUUCCUGGUACUGUCUGUCACUUGGAAUGGAGGUUGUUUCUGUUAACGUGUAUCUGACCAUAUUACUCAUGAACUUUGUUGACUUUCCCGCAGAUUUGAUGACUGCUGUUUUCAUUAGCAGAACUGAUUGA